AUGGAGGCCAAGCGCAGGCGUUUCGAUGACAUGGCCAACAAGAUGCGGAUGGAGGCCACGCGCAGGGAAGAAGAGGCAGAGGACAGGGAGUACUUCACCGGUCUCAUCCAAGACAUGGAGAGGUCCGGCACAGUCACAAAGGAGAUGCCGAACGCACAUAUCGGCAAGUACCAUGAUCUCUUGGAGAAACUAUGGGGAUGGGACAGACUGCUAUCCAUGGGGGAUUCCGCCUUGUCGUGGUCCGACUACAGCGCCUACCUCGAGGAGUGUCACCGUCGGAAUGUCGAUGCUGUUAGCAGCAUAGCUGCUCUGGCUCAGACCUGUCUCAUCAGUGAGGAGCAGUUUGUGUCCGAGUGGAAGACCCAGAUGAAAUCUCAAAAGGAUGUUAUCCUGCUGACGAGGAAAUCGACCCUUCUGAGUUGCCUGAUCCACGAGUGUGCACGUUCAGUCGUCCACGCAGCAGGUCGUGGCUUUUCCGAUCUGCACGGUUCGGCUUUGUUGUGUAUUGCAAAGGAGGCUGACCUGACGCGUGCCUUGUUGAGGUGUGGCAAUGAUCCAGUUGAUGAUUACUUAAUCGACCAGAGCAGAGAGAUACGCACUUGUGCCUUGAGCCUUAUGAACUGCACCUCGGACAAUUCGGUUGCCGCCUCCGCUGCCAUGCUGGGUAUUGCGAAGGAGACCGGAAUUAUAUGUGCGUGGAUAAGUGAAAAUAACAAGCCUGUUGAUUUAUGUCAUUAUUCCGUACCUGAUGAGAUUGAGGACAGCCGCAGGAUCCGGUACCAAACUUUUAAUGUCAUGAUUGACAUACUAGAAGAGUCUUCUGCUGCUGCUCGGCACAAGAUUGAUAAAGAAGAACCUGCUAGUAGAAAUGGUCCUGGUGGUGACGGGGACGGCAUUGCUGCUGCUGGAACAGCAAACACCACAGGGUAUGGGUUUUCUUCUUCUUGAUGCAGCUAUAUGUGGUUUAAGAGAAUUUUGUUAAACAAGUCAUCCUACCGCACCUGUCACGUUUAUUCCAGGAGAUAAGUAGCCGGCUUAGGAGAUAGACUAGGUAGUUAGCUUUUAUCUCUAUCCAUUGUAACUAUCUCUAUCUUUUCCUCUCCAAGAUUGUAAUCUCCUGAAAGAUCUCAACUCAUUGUAUGCGCACCAGGCUUAUUGCGCCAUGCCUAUAAACAUGCAGCUGUCUCCUCCAAUGAGGGUAAGACGUUUCCGCA